AGAGUGCCGCUAAAGGUAAACUUCAGCGUGCGACCCAGGGAUGUCCAAGUGUCCAUAACAAAGAAGCACUUGACGUGCGGCAUCAAAGGACAGGCGGCGAUAAUCGACGGCGAGUUUCCCCACGAAGUCAAACUCGAGGAGUCGACUUGGGUCAUCGAGGAUGGCAAAGUUUUACUCAUCAAUCUCGAGAAGGUGAACAAGAUGCAGUGGUGGUCUCACGUUGUGACCAGCGACCCCGAGAUUAGUACGAAAAAGGUCAAUCCAGAGCCGAGCAAACUCUCCGAUUUGGACGGUGAGACGCGAGGUCUCGUUGAAAAAAUGAUGUACGACCAACGACAGAAGGAGCUCGGUUUGCCGACGUCCGAAGAACAAAAGAAACAGGAUGUCAUCAAAAAGUUCAUGGAACAGCAUCCGGAAAUGGAUUUUUCAAAGUGCAAAUUCAAUUGAACAUCAAAAAUCUUCAUUUAAACUUGUUCGUUUCGAAAAAUUUUCACUUUUUUUACGUUUUUCUUUUUAUACAUGUUUUUGCAUCAAACUUCAUUUUAUUGUAUUCAAUGUCUGACGUCAAGUUUCAAAAGGACAUUAUUCCUUACAGUAAGUAAUGCAAAUAAAAGUUUUUACAAUUUUUCAUAGCUCUCGCUGCUUCAGUCUUCUGCUCGAACAGCUUUUUUUUUAUAU